CAACUGGUGUGCGACUCCCACGGGACCGCGGCUACGGCUACAGCCAAGGCAACCAACCCGAUCAAAGACAACCGCCUGGUUCAGUCGCUGCCUACGUUCAUCCAGGGUCCUCAAGGAGAGCCAGGACGCGUCGGGAGGAUGGGUCCCAGGGGUCCGAUGGGCGAACCCGGGCCACCUGGACCCGCCGGUCCGCCCGAGAGGGGGCCACCUGGCCCUCCGGGUUCACCGGGGGCACCGGGAGCGAACGGGCCAAACGGUGCCAUCAGUGCAGCCACUUACAACACCGUCCCCAAGAUAGCCUUUUAUGCAGGACUGAAGAAGCAGCACGAGGGAUAUGAAAUACUGAAAUUUGACGAUGUUGUUACAAACCUCGGAAACCACUAUGAUCCCUCUAGCGGAAAAUUCACCUGUUCGAUACCGGGGAUUUACUUCUUUGUUUACCAUGUGCUGAUGAGAGGCGGGGAUGGAACAAGCAUGUGGGCUGACCUCUGUAAAAACAACCAGGUGAGAGCCAGCGCCAUCGCCCAAGACGCCGACCAGAACUACGACUACGCCAGCAACAGCGUGGUUCUUCACCUGGAGCCCGGGGACGAGAUUUAUAUCAAGCUUGACGGCGGAAAGGCGCACGGGGGCAACAAUAACAAGUACAGCACCUUCUCCGGCUUCAUGUUGUACGCUGAUUGA